AUGGUGGAUACCUCCCCUUUCGAGGACUCUUUCGUCCAUCAAGCGGGCUCUUCUGUAUCGCCCGGCCUAAAGACAUACUUUGACCGGCUACCACUUAACGUGAUUGAGCAUAUCCUGUAUGCGUCCGAUGCCAAUACAUUUGCAUCACUAUCUCUGCUAAACCGAAGAUGGAAACAUGCGUCCGAUUCCGCGGCAUUGUAUGCCUAUCAAUUGUCUCGCUGUUCAUCAUUUUCCUGGGCUCGCGGGGUCAUUUCUGAGGCAGAAAAUCUGACUAAACUCAAGCGCCAAUUUGUUAAGCAGGUCAGGCAAAACGCGUUUGAUGCAUUUUUACGGCCUCGGCAAACUCUCCUGCGAUUAAUUUCAAGUUCUAUGAGCUCGUCGAUGGCCUUCCCACAGGGUGAAGUUUUUCGAUUCUCAUUUUCAGGAAAUGGUCAAAUGGUGCUCUGCAUCAGCUCUUCUCGCAUUGUCAUACUAGACGUGGCCACCGACCCAGUCGCCGUCAAACAUGAACUUAUAACUCGAAGGCGGCCCCUAAGAGCCGCAAUCCGUGAUGACGGCUCUCUCAUUGCCGUUUUGUCCUCCACGCAUCGAGUUCAUAUCUACAAGCUCUCUGACGAUGAAGCCAAGCACAUUCGAGUUAUCACUCUGGAUGAUGCUCCAAGAUAUAUUAAAUUCUCUCCAUCAGGUAGUGUGCUAGCCUUAGCCUUUGAGGAUAGUAUUGAGGUAUACGCUGUGGCUGAAGAGGCUUUGUCGACCGACCGUCGGGCGGUGCGUUGUCACCGUGUCGAUGCACUUUCAUUUUCGCCUGACGGAUCGAUGCUUCUUGGCUUUACGGCUGAAGGUAUCGUCACCAUCACUCCUCCGUUUUAUACCGAGACUGGAACGGAUGCCUCACCCGAAGAACUCGAGAUGCGAAUGUGGACAACACAAAUUCUCUUCCCUGAGACAAUUAGUUGCCCUAUCACUCACGUCUCCCUGAUUGCUGGUUAUGAGGAAGCCGAUGAUCACUGGGUGAUGGGAUAUGACAAACAUUUGGGGGCGUUCAGAGCAAUCCAAUUAAACAAGAAUGCCGGAAUCGUUUAUUUCGCCAGUCCAUUCCUCGCAGAUGAAUCUCGGGAAAUGCAACCAAGCAUGAGACCCGCCACAGAUGAAACUGGAGAGCUUUCAGCUUUAGGGUUCCAAGAUUCAGAACUGUGGAUAUAUGGGAUGCCUGGCUUGGGUGCUAGUGGAAUCACUGAUACCCAGGUUGGUGGUGAUCAUCAUUAUGGAGGUUGCGCGCCUCGCGACAAUCUAGCACAGCUUCAGAAGAUCGUUCAACAACCUAAGAUCUUGAUACGGGGGCGGCGGGUGAGUGACAUGCACGGGAUCACAUCCGCUCAUUGGGUACGUUCGGAUUCAAAAUGCCGUCGGAGACUAGUCGCGGUAGCACCUGGUGGUGUACGACCACAGAACCUUGGCCGAGAAGAUAUUCCAGUUGAUGGUGGUCGAAUCCUCCUCCUUGAUUUUGAGCGCUCCACCAUGAAUGGUGAAACGACUGAGCUUGACAUCGAAGUUGGAGAAACGGCACCCAAGAUUCUUAUGGAGCCGGACUCCUCUUUGGCCACGGAAGUUGAGCUUGAAAGAAGGCGAACACGACUACAUCGUGGCGAUACUGCUACAAGAUUCGCGGAUCUUGGCCAUUCAGCGACUACUCGAGAAUCCCGAGCUCUGCCACUUCAUUUCCGCCGCAACAGUCUCGCAAUUCCUACCUCGCCAAGCGAGACUUCUCCCGGCGAUAUAAUCGACCUUCCAUAUGACAAUACGCAGCCUCGUUCCAGUGAAGUUCUCCAUCGAGCUGCCACUGUGGCUGCAUCAACCCGUGGGCGAUAUGACCCUCGAUAUCGUAAUUCCCACGCCCCUCGACAGAUUCCCCAUGAGAGUGACGCCGAUAACUGGGUGCCACCCCCUCCCCCCUACACAGCGGAUCCAUUGCCAGAUGGUCUACCGAGAACGCCUCUUUCCCCAGUCAAUGUUGUCGAUUCUGUCCCCCAGCCUGAAAGAGAAGAAACCGCUCGUGUCGCGCAGCAUCCAACCCGCCCACGUCCACAAUCUGUCAAUCUACAGGGGCUCGGCGGUAUGACUGGCGCCAGGCGCAGGGGAAGUUCCAUCGGCAGAGACUUCAACCCAGAUCAAUUAAUCCCCCAAGAUUCUUUCACAAACAACUUCGCACCACAACAGCUUGGAUCUGCCUUAAAUCCACCUACAGUGAUCCAACCUACCACGCCUACGUUUGCUGUGUAUCCAUCCGAACCACUCCUACAAGAGAGCAACAUGCCUCUUCCCUACUUGAGGUCCUCGGCACUGGGCGAUGCACUUGGCGAUGCCUACUUUCCAUACUCUGUGUCCUCGCCAAACCUUCUCCAUAUCCCACAGCCAUAUGAAGACGGGCAGGGCACUGCAGCAGAUGACGAGCAUGACGUACCUGAGAGGCAACGGUCUUUCCACAGGCGAGUCUCAACCGAACCCUCUAGCUUACCGCCACCAACGAACGAGGAAUGGCGUCGGCGCAUUCAGGAUUGGAACGAUAACACAAUUAAGGAGCGGAGCCGUAAGCGAAGGGGGAAGUGCACUGUCAUGUAG